UGCUCAGAGGAGAAGAGCGAGCGGUCUUAGUUUGAACAAAAUGGCUGCAAGAACGCUGUCAACGAGAGCUCACUGAACGCAUUAUGACUGUCCACUCCUACAUUUGGAUUUUUCGCGAAUGUAUUUUCUUGGAUUCGUUUUUCAAUUUGCAUUCGUAGUAGCAAGGUCGUCGGUCAGAUGUUGUUGCUAACCUGCUAGCUCCUCAGCUAGCGGCCUAAACACAACUUAUUUCAUUUUGCACUUUAACCCAAGUUGGCUAGCUAGCUAGCAAUUUUCGUCGACAAUUUACUGAAAUCUGCCUGUUUUCUUUCAUGUGCAAAUGACUCCUUACAACAGUCGAUGACUAAUGCCAACUAGCUAACAUUAACUCCGCUACUUUUUGAGUCGAAUUGUUUGUUGCUUUUUCGUUUUCUAUAACGUCAUACUUUUGACGUUUAGCAUUGUUUUGUGUGGCGAAAAUUGUCCUUUUAGUGCAUCGUUGCGCUAAAAUACAAAGUUCUUGCUGUGUGUUUGUCAAGUAUCGAUCUCGGUAUUUUUUGUUAUGAACCUGCUCUAACUGUUAUCCAGUCAGUCAGUAAGCCCCAUGCAGCAGGAGAGCUGACGGUGGCUAAUGCUAGCUAGCUGGAUAACUGCGAAGAUUGAAUUCCUGAUUUGUCAUUUAAGGGUAUUUUUUUUUCGGGAAAACGCACAGCAGAAUGCUUUUCUGCAUCUUCUGCCAUGCACCGACAUUGUAUUGAAAGCUGCCAAAGCUCAACGUGUGAUUACGCAAGCUGAGAGAAGCUAACAACACGAGAAGAGAACCAUUUGAUGGAAGAAAAUAAAAAGCAAGACAAGACCAAGAAGGAAGCUGCUCAGAAACAGGCUGCUGACCUGAAAACCAAAGAGCCAGCUAAGCCCAGCCCCGGUCCCCUCCACCACCCCACCACCUGUGUGACCCUGCCCCAGGCCUCACACCCCCCCUCCUCGUCCUCUUCAGUCAGAACCAAUGGGAAGCGCGCCCCCCCUACCACCCAGCAAACACCACCGCAGCAGACCCCACCUCAGCCUCCGUCGUCGUCCUCAGGCCCCCGCUACCCACCCCGUGAGGUGCCCCCGCGUUUCCGCCAGCAGGAGCACAAGCAGCUACUGAAGAGGGGCCAGCCACUGCCAGUCGGAGCCCUGAGUAGCCUCACCGUGACCCCUGCCUCUGACCCGCUCACCCCCGGUGCCCCCGCUGCUUCUUCCUCCACAGGCAAGCGCCACACAGACCUGCCCUUCCAGAGUGGUCCUGGUGCCCAGUAUGAGAAUCCCCACUGGGGAGCCUUACCACCAGCCACUGACCGCAGCACCACCAGUAGUAGCUGGGAUCAAGUGAUCAUUGACGGGAGCGACACCGAGGCCUGGCCCUCCAUCAUUCGCAGCAGCGACAGCCGACCAGCGAAUCCUUCAGAAUGUGCCACAGCCGCUGACUGUACAAACCCAGAGACCAGCAGCAACAUGAGCAUAGCCGCGGGGGCUACUAGCCAGCAGGCCCACUACCCCUCUCUCAAAGCUAACGUCACUAACAUGAUGCAGCCUGGCGGUGGCCAGGGAGUUGGAGCCAUCGGCAGCAGGGGCUGGGGCUCCGGAUCAGGCCCCAUCACCAUGGGCCCCACUGAGGGAGCCAAACCCGAUGGCCUAGGGCCCAACAUGGGUCGGAGUGGAGGAGCACCCGGCUGGAACUCCCAACCCAGUUUUAGCCUGAACCUGAACCCCAACGCCAACCCCUCGGCCUGGCCCGUGCUGGGGCAAGAGGGGGCUGGAGGUGGCACCAACCCCGCCUCACUACCUCCCAACGGCAGCCUGGGCAACAGUAGCCUGGGAGGGGAAGAGAACAACAGCAGCAGCACCUGGGGAGGAAUGAUGAGCCCUGACGCCCCGUCCUCCAAUAAGAAUGUGUCUUUCAGCAGCAUGGAACAUCCUAACCUUAACACUGACGUACAAAACAGCCACCACACUAAGCAGCCACUUAGCCCCAUCCACGGCCUGCCCGGCUGGGGUGGCCAGUCCCCUACUGAGUCCUCCCAGCUCAACGGAGACACAGGGAGCUCCGUCUGGGGCAACGGAGACACCAAGACUUCCGCUGACUCCAAAAACUCAGGCUGGGACUCGGCACCCUCCGGAGGCAUGUCCGGCUGGGGCCACUCUGGCAGCGGAGGAGGCGGGAGUGGCGGUGGAGAAGGAGGCUGGGGAGGAGACUGGGGGAAGCCCUCCAGCGGUGGAGGCGAGGCCAAAGGAGGCUGGGAUUCCUCAGAUGGCCCAGCCCAGGACCAGCAGGUAAGCUCCUGGGGCCAGCCAACCCCGGCCCCGACUAGUGAGGGUAGCGGAAGCGGCGGCAGCAUGGGGCGCUCCCACCGCAGGGACAGGACCGGUAGCGAGGACGGAGGCCCCCCUCCCCUGCCUCGGCAGGACCUGGACCCCCGGGUGCUCUGCAACACAGGCUGGGGCCAGACGCCCGUCCGCCAGCACACCUCCUGGGAGAUGGAGGAGCAGCGCGCCGCCAACGAGAGGAAGACCAGCGAGAUGAGGGGCGGUGCUGGAGGGGACACUUGGAAGGGCUCCAGCAGCCCCUCUUCCGGAUCCCCACCGGACCCCCGGAACGGGGGAGCCAACCCCAACCUGGGACCAUCUCAGAGGCCAGGCUCAGGGGGCUCCGGAGGCAAGAGCGAAGGCCCCUCAGGCUGGGGAGGCACUCCACCCUCAGGCUGGGGGGAGCAGCCUGUCAACAAGGCCCCCAACGGUUCGGUCAGUGGUUGGGGGGAGCCCAUGGCCCAAGGCCAAAACACCACAAACAAUGGCCCCAAGAGUGGAGUUCAAUCCUGGGGCGUCCCUGAGGGGAAGUCCUCCCCUACCUGGGACGCCGGGCCAACCAAGACCCAGCAGAGCCAGUCCCAGAGCUGGGGAGAGGGUCCCAAGUCCUCCCACGGCUGGGGCUCCGGCCACGGAAGUGGCAGCCGUGGCUCCAAUGGCUCCAACGGCUCCAAUGGAGGAGAGUGGAGAGAACCGGCCGAGGUGAAGAAGAAUGGAUCCUCCAGCCACAUGUGGGAAGGAGAAGGAGGAAAUGGACGAGGAGGAGGAGGGUGGAAGGACAGCCCCAGAGGAGGUGGAGGAAAUGGGGGCGGCUGGGCGUCAAAGCCUGCCCCUGCUGUUGGAGGUGGUGGCUGGGUGGAGACCCAGCAUCCCAACGGCCCAGCACCAGGAUGGGGCUCCAAGCCCCAGGAAAGCCACAACGGCCCAGCACCAGGAUGGGGCUCCAAGCCCCAGGAAAGCCCCAACGGCCCAGCACCAGGAUGGGGCUCCAAGCCCCAGGAAAGCCCCAACGGCCCGGCACCAGGAUGGGGCUCCAAGCCCCAGGAAAGCCCCAAUGGCCCAGCACAAGGAUGGGGCUCCAAGCCCCAGGAAAGCCCCAACGGCCCAGCACAAGGAUGGGGCUCCAAGCCCCAGGAAAGAUCCAACGGCCCAGCACCAGGAUGGGGCUCCAAGCCCCAGGAAAGCACCAACGGCCCAGCACCAGGAUGGGGCUCCAAGCCCCAGGAAAGCCCCAAUGGAAAUAGUGAAGGUGUUGGAACAGGAGGAGGCAGCAUGGGGUCCUGGGGCGGCCCUGCAUCUGUAAGGCAGAGUUCCAACCCCGGCUGGGGCCCGGGGAGCUCCGGAGCCAAACCCGACCCAGCGAUGGAGCCCACCGGCUGGGAGGAACCCUCUCCUCCCUCCAUCCGCCGCAAGAUGGAGAUCGAUGACGGCACGUCCACAUGGGGAGACCCCAGCGCCUACAAUAAGACCGUGAAUAUGUGGGACCGCAACAACCCCACUGGAGGUAACGGUAACCAAGGCAACGCCCCCACCCAGCCGCCGACCAGCAAGAGCAACGGAAGCAUGGCCGUCAACAACAGCCACAACCACUCCUCCGUCCCCCCUAGCAAUAACAAUCACCAUCACAUGAACCACCACCCGCACCACGGACAGCCCCCGCCACACAGCCAGCACCACGGCAACAACAAUGGAUCCCCCAACACCGCCGCCCCGCACCAGGGCAGUGGACCCCAGGGCAGACCACCUAUGGCCAACCCAGGCUGGGGGGAGCUGCCCAGUGUCCAGCAGCCCAAGCCAGAAAUGGCAUGGGGGGAACCCGCUGGCCCCUCUCCUGCAGUGGACAACGGCACCUCUGCCUGGGGCAAACCCCCCGGUGUUCUUGGAGGCUGGAGCGAUGGGGGGCACGAGCCCAAUGGACCCUACAGGAGGGGCAACAACGGACCCUCUGGACCUCCACCCUGCAAGCCAGGACAUUUACCCUGCACUGCUCCUCUUCCAGCCCCCAAAUCUAUGCAAGACGGCUGGGGAGGCGGGAGGGAGGAGGAGAUGGGCAUGUCUUCUGGCCAAUGGGAUGCUGACGCCGGAGACAUGUGGAACAGCCCCGCCUCCCAGGAGAGCAGCACCUCCUGUAACUCGUGGGGCCAGCCGCCCAAGAAGGGCCCGCCCAAGGGCAAGAUGGGCAACCAGCCAGACGAAGCCUGGAUCAUGAACCGUCUCAUCAAGCAGCUCACGGACAUGGGCUUCCCGAGGGAUCCUGCCGAGGAGGCUCUGAAGAGCAACGACAUGAACCUGGACCAGGCCAUGAGCGCUUUGUUGGAGAAGAAGACUGAACUGGACAAGCGGGGCAUGGGCAUGUCGGACUACAACAACGGGAUGAACAAGCCAUUGGGUUGCCGUCCCCAGGCCCUCUCCAAAGACCCCUCCUCGGACCGCAGCCCAUUCCUAGACAAGGACGGUGGUCUGUCAGACGACGCCCCCCCCUCACCGUUUCUGCCUUCUCCCGUCAGCCUGAAGCUCCCCCUGAUUAACAACCUUCAGCCUGGGCUGGCCCUGGGCUCCCCGGGGCUCAACAUGCAGAACUUGAACAACAGACAGAUGCAGAGUGGAAUGUUGGGCAGUAGUGGAGCAGCACUAUCCCGGGCCAUGCAGCAGCCGCCUCCUCAGCCGUCAGUGCCGCCUCUCGGCUCCUCCCAGCCUAAUCUACGCGCUCAAGUGCCUCAGUUUCUCACCCCUCAGGUUCAAGCACAGCUCUUGCAGUUUGCCGCAAAAAACAUUGGUCUGAACCCUGCACUUUUAACCUCACCAAUAAACCCUCAACAAAUGACCCUGUUGUACCAACUUCAGCAACUGCAAAUGGCGUACCAGCGUUUACAAAUCCAGCAGCAGAUGAUGCAAGCUCAGCGCAACGUCUCGGGCCCCAUCAGACAACAAGAGCAGCAAGUUGCACGUACAAUCAAUAACAUGCAGCAACAGAUCCAACAGCACCAGCGUCAGCUGUACCAGGCCCUGCUGAUGAAGCAGCAGCCCCCCGGCUCCCACUCCGGCCUGCACCCCGGCCAAGGCAAAUCAGCCCUGGACUCGUUCCCAGGCCACCCCCAGGCACUGGGCCUUUCCGACCUGCACACCAAAGAGCCGCAGUCUUCUCCCAACUCCUACAGCCCCUACCCCCUCUCUGGACUCAAUCCAAACAUGAAUGUAAACUGCAUGGAGGUGGGGGGCCUGUCCAUGAAGGAGCCUCCCCAGCCCCAGUCCCGUCUGUCCCAGUGGACCCACUCCAACUCCAUGGACAGCCUCUCUGGAAACUCCUCCCACAUGGAGCCCAACCUCAAUAAGCACGGUGCCAUAUCUGCUGCUUCUAACCUGGGCCCCCCCGGAAAGCCCCCCCACAUGGAUGACUCCUACAGCCCAUACAGUAUGAGGGGUGGGUCUGAGUCUCCCACCUCCCCCCUGGUUCCCCCUGACAGCUGGGGCCAGGGACCAGGAAAGAGCCCCAAGGAUCAGAUCACCAAUGGAACGAAUAUCAACUGGCCCCCAGAGUUCUGUCCAGGCGUGCCCUGGAAGGGCCUGCAGAACAUUGACCCCGAGAACGACCCCAACAUGACCCCAGGAAGCGUUCCCAGCGGCCCCACCAUCAACACCAACAUCCAGGACGUCAACCGCUACCUGCUCCGGGACCGCAGCGGAGGCUCCUCCCCUCCUUCACCGCCUCAGAACGGUGCUCUGCCCCCUUCCACGGACUGGCCAGUCAGUGGCUGCUACACUAGCUCUUUCAGUCUGUCCUCCCCGGAUGAGGAGAGUGCAGGUAAGCUAUCUGACAUGAAGUCCACCUGGUCCCCGGGGCCCAUCUCCCACCCCUCCCAGGCCUCUCUAUCCCACGAGCUGUGGAAGGUCCCCCAGGGGCCCCGUAACAACACAGCCCCUUCAAGGCCACCUCCCGGCCUCACCAACCCAGCCAAGCCCUCCUCCACCUGGGGGGGAAACUCCCUGGGCCUGGCCCAAGGCUGGAGCAGCUCGUACACCUCAGAGGGCACCACCUGGAGCACAGACAGCUCCAACAGGACCAGUAGCUGGCUGGUACUGAGGAACCUCACCCCCCAGAUAGACGGCUCCACCCUGCGGACGCUGUGCAUGCAGCACGGCCCCCUCAUCACAUUCCACCUCUUCCUGACCCAGGGAAACGCUGUGGUGCGAUACAGCUCCAAGGAGGAGGCUGCCAAGGCCCAGAAGUCCCUGCACAUGUGUGUGCUGGGGAACACCACCAUCCUGGCAGAGUUUGCUGGGGAGGAGGAGGUGAACCGCUACUUUGCACAAGGCCAGCAGCAGCUCCCGCCCACCACCAGCUGGCAGCCCAACCCCGGCACCAAUCAGACGCGCAUGGGAGGAGGCGGAGGUUCGCAGCAUCACGCUAUUGGCCAUCACUGGAGCAGCGGUGGUGGAGGCCUGGGGGGAGGAGCCAAGACGGGUGGAGGCGGAGACCUCCUGUGGGGGGGCGUGCCCCAGUACUCCAGCCUGUGGGGGCCCCCUAGUGGCGAUGACAGUCGCGGCGUCAUCGGGAGCCCCAACCCCAUUAACACGCUGUUGCCAGGCGACCUGCUGAGUGGAGAGUCCAUGUAGGACAACACACUAACAAACCAACCAUGAGAAUGGAUGUUUCAAUGCUAGAACAGACAGUGGAAAAAUAAUAAUAAAUACAGAAAUACACAAAAAAAAUUACAAUGAACAGGAGCAAAACCAAGCAAAUCAUGUGGCGAUAAUCAGUAUCAACGGAACUGUGAAUCGUGUACCGGAAGGCUGGGGGCGACGACACAAGACUGCUGACCCCUACACCCUUCGGUUUUUACGUUUUCUUCUUUUUAGUUAUCUUUUUAAAAGGGGAUUUUGUUUUUAGUAUUUGAUAAAUUGUUGGAAGCAAACAAAAAUGAAAUGUCAGACUCGAUGAAGAGAGAACCGUUAAGUGUUUUUAAGUUUCCAUGAAUAUCGCACAUUCUGUGUGAAGUGUUUUUUAAGGAGAAGCAAUCGAAAAAGCUGCCAUUUUGAAUCUUUCCUUUGCCCACAAAACUCAAAAUUGAUUUGAAAAAAUACCAUUCCCAGCAUGCCCGUGGCCAAUGAUGUGGUUCAAAGACCUUUUACUUAUGUUAUUUUUUUGUUUCCAAGCACUAAUAUUCGCCUUAAGUGCUCUACUGCGGCCCAGGUCCUCCUUCAAUCUCAAGCCUUUUCCAUUGUUUUGAAACUGAAGGAAAAUUGUAUGAGUUUAAAAGCUUGCACAGUUCCCAUCUCUGAGCCAGUGAAUGGAACAGAACAAGUGUGAUCAACCAAGGUCGUAUUCACUAUGAACGAAACGGAAGCAAGCGUAACGAAACGGAAGCAAGCGUAACGAAACGGAAGCAAGCGUAACGAAACGGAAGCAAGCGGACCGAAACUGAGGGACUACCUGAACUUUGUCCAACAAGAAAAGCUUGUUUUCGCAUGCUGUUGCAAAACAUUUUGCCACGUGUGCACUAAUCAAUACGACCCCCCCCAAGUCACUCGGCAGUAUGAGGCCUGUCAACACUGACCCAACCAAUCAUCAGUUAAAACCUUUUUGUUUUUUCGUCAUGCAUUUGUUCUUAAAGGGAUUUACACUGCUGUUUUUGUUAUUUUUGUAUAUCCAGGCGCAUUUUUAUAAUAUCUAUCGCAACAUAAACUGAGAUUAUUACACAUCGACCGACCUAGCUGCGUCUGUUUUGUGUGUGUGUACUUGAGUAUAUGUCGUCUGGAACCUAAUCAUUCACGUCUGGGAGUUCAGAUUACCACUGCUCAGAACUACGACUUCAGCUAUAUUCACCUAACAGGACUUACAGAUGCUUCUUGUCAAUUAACAUUAUUAGUUGAUUCCGUUGUUGACCCUCUCGUCCCCAUUAUGGUCCACCAAUUUCUGGAAACGACAACAAAAAAACGCUUCAACUUGAUGUGACAGUUACAUUGUGCAAUAUAUACGCCACAGACCCUUCUUCCGUCCACACUCAAGUCAAAGCAGGAGCUGGUUUCUUUACAUUUUUCGUUCUUGAUUUGUAUUGUUGUUGAUCAAAGCAAAGAACUUAAGAACUACAGAAACGUUACCUUUUCUCAUUUUUGAUUCCCACCAGGCCACUCCCUAAGAAACUGUUGCGUUAAGUUUUGCGGAGAGGAGGAGCGAGGAUGGUGUUACUAUUAUAACUGUGCGUUCAGAAACGGUCCCUGCAGCCCUGAAACUCCUCAUAUUGAACUGGGGUACAUGAGAAAGCCCUUCCUCUCUGCGUUGCCACACCGAACAGGGUGAAUCCAGAUGGGGGAGUCACUGGAGGGGCACAAUACCAAAUAAGAGGGGUUUCUCCUAAUGCAGUAGAUCUACUACGAGUGUUCCUUGUAUUUGGUACUGUACAAAAAUGUAAGAGCGACUAACCUUUUGUCUAUAUCAAAGGGUUUUAUCAUAGCACUUAUGAAGAAAGCUAAACGCUUCAACUUGCAAACCAAUAAAUCAGACAGAUGGAGCAGCAACUUUGAAAACUGAAAAAAAGACAAAAGAGACUGGCUCUUUUUGUACUGUAUCUAUACUUGGAAAUAACUUCUGGUAUUUGUUUGUUCCUCUUUGGUCCAAGGACUUGUAUGAACUUUGAAAUGGUAGCAGGAUGAAAAAAAAAAUGGAAAUCUACUUUUAUCUGAAAAAAAUAUUCUGCAGUGCGAUUUUUUUUCUAAAGACAUUUUCUUUUAACUAUAUCAAAGUGAAUAUCACUGUUACUCCAAAAUGUUUAGCCUUUUUCUUGUCUGGAGACACUAGACAUGCAAUGUUACCUGUCUCCGGCCAACGGUCGGUCGGAGUGGGGAGGGGGAUGGUCACGGUCCACUGAGUGCCUCUCUGCUGUGGUGCCCAUGGCGACGGUCGCUAGGCAAGGCUACCCCCCACAGCAGCAUUUCCUCCUGGGCUUGCACCAAGCUCUCUCAUUGGACACCCUCAGCCCAGCAGGAAACCACGCUCCCUCCAAGACUGGCCAAUCAGCACGGAGCUAGCUAGCUAACGACCGCGCCAGCAGCACUCAACCUUGUCUCAACCAACCCUCUUAAUUUCCCCUAAUCUUCUUUCACACAAAGAUCACUUUAGCUGGAAGUCAAGAGACAGUCAAAUUUCUAGAAUUUUGCCAGUGUUUGAUGCAUUUUAUUUAGUUUUCAUUUGACGUUGUGUAUUUUUUGGUUUAUUUUUGUCUACAUGCAGUGGUCUUUUCAAGGUGGCUGCUUGAAAUUAGCCCUUUUCACUGUUCAUAUGCAGAAACACUUUGGUCAGAGGUGCCUCUGUAUGUUCAUCCUGUGUAUUGAAUGCAAACGAGGAUCAAUACUACAGCCCGUCAUUGAUUGUCUAUUAUUAGUUAGUAUCUUAACUGAUUGAUUGAUCAUUGCUUUGUUUUGGACAGUAUGCUGUAGUACUUCCAGGUAGUAUCUCAAGAUGUGUAAGUUAGACCAAUAGGGUGUCUCAGAUGGGUGAGUGUGUCUUGCCUGACCCUAGCUGCUCCACCUGGGUUCUGCCAGGGCUGUCCCCUCGCCCCCUCACACAGCUGCUACGCUACACCCUCCUCCAGUCCCCUCCAAAGCAACCAUGGCCCUCCCAUUGACCAGACAUAAAAAGCGACUCAGUUCUGUUUCUAUGCAAAAGACUAGAGGCUGCGGACCCUUUACAGCCAACAUGCCAAUCCUGCCCUAAAGAUUGAGCACCGACUCGGAGCUAGAACCAACGACCUCCUGAUGUAUGUACACUUCAGCACUUAGAACAUGUCUGCUCUUGGUCCUUAUAGCUGGGUUUAAACCACAACACUGUCGUAUUCCAAACUUCCACCCUCUAUAGUACCACUGGAGUGGAGGUAUAGUAGGCCUCUACUGUGCUGAAGAAGACUGAUCUCCUGUCAGCUUGAUCUCAGGGUAGGAGACGACGUAAAUCGAUGCAGCUCUCUCUGUAUGUAUGUCCUUUUGCUGUAGUGUAAGAGAGCAAGUUCUACACUAACUAAUGGCAAGCUGUGCAGUAGUAGUACUAUAGACUUGUAUUGGCUGGAUAAUAGUUUUUUGGGGGAAUGGAAUAGUAAUGAAUUCCCUUCCCAACUAUGGGCCUACUGUAAUGUUACAAUGUAGAGGCCAGUGUUAUCCUAUGUGCCAAUACCAAAAAAUAUAUAGAUCUAUAAAACUAGCCCAUGUUAUACGAUCUGGAGAAAGAGCUCUUCUCUCUGGAUGGAGGAUCUUUGAUAACCUUUGUGAUGGAGGAUCUUUGAUAACUUUUGUGAUGGAGGCAGGGGGGCAGGAGGGAUUAAACAGAUGGGUGGGGGCAACACACCUCAUCCUGAACUCCUGAGAUAAUAUGGUUGUGUCUCAAAUGGCACCCUGUUCACUAGGUAGUGCAUUAUAUAGGGACAUAGGUGCCAUUUAGGCAGUCUUUGCUUUAGUGGGGAAUGCCCCGUUGUUGAGGAUAAAAUCUUUACUGAGUUUGCGGGAUCCAAGUAUGCUACGGUGCACAGUCAGUUUGACGGGUAAUCCCGGGUACAUAUUUUUUUAAACCAAAAAUGAAAUUCUUCAAGUUUAAUGUCAUUUUUAAUAUGAAGUUUGACACAAAAUCUUUAAAAAAAAAAGUUUUUUUUAAAGUACAAAAAUCAAUAAAAGAUCUAUAAUAUGUUAACUAAAGCUCUGCACUUCUAGCUGAAAUGUCUCCAGUCCUCUAGCUUCCAGAAUGCAGGUUGGGGAGCCUUUUUGUGGAUGCUAUAUUUUAUCCUAUUUGUUAGUGUUUCCGCCCAAAGCGGGCCCACAACUGUAUAUUUCCACAGACCCAGAUGGCUUCGGGCCCACUGUAUCAGCCCAGGUCGCUCGCCUCACUGCGUCUGCGGUGGGCAACGAGAGGGGGCGCAUUUCAAAAAGGUACAAAAAUUCUUAAAACUAAAAUGGGAUAAGGCUACCUUUUGGGACUCUGAGGUGUCCUGCAGCACACUAGCAAAAAUCACUAUUGCCUGUUUCUGUAACUGCCUUGAUCCAAACUCAGAGACCAAUUAGCCGGGUGGGGGCCUCCAAACGUCCGCUCUGUGUGUGGUGCUGCACCAGCAUUGAGGUGGCACGCCGUGCACUCUCUACAGCUUAACUAUAGAUAGAUUGUGUGUAUAUACACAUAUGGAUAUGUACGUAUGGUGUGUGGUAGGUAGCACAUCAACAGACACCUUGGAUCUCAACCUCCUAAAACCUUUUGUUCCUUUUAAAAGGUCUGGGUUCAAUACAAACUGAAAAUGAGCAAUAUUUAUUCCCCUCCGGAAAUAAGUGAUCUGAAGGAAAUUAAAUGGGGUUAGGGGUUAAACUGGUACUUGAUGGAUCAUGAGUAAUGUCUUUCCGACUUGGAGUUGGAUAUGCACGUUCUGGAUUUAUGAACAUAUUACAGUAAGUACCUUGAAGUACUUGUACUGUAUGUGAGUGAAUUUGUCUAAACAACCCAACCUGAAAUCACCUGUUUUUUAAAUGUAUACUUUCCCAGCAGAGAAAAAUAUCAUUAAACAUAUCAACACAAAAAUACACAAAUACUUGAAUCAAGGAGCGCCAAUAACAUAAUGUGAAGUCUUUUGUAAAAAAUAUAAAUUUUAAAAAUUGUUUAAAAAAAUAAAUAAAAGUCUGACUUGUACACUUCCAAGCUUUUUGAGGUCAUCAGUUAAAAAAAGAUAUAUAAAAAAUGAUUUAAAAAAUAUUGGAGAAAAAAAGUGCAAAAAUUCUUGUGUGCUUGAAAGUCAAAUGUAUGUGUGCAAACGACUGUGUGCUUGGCAGGCUUAGGACUGCUGUCAUGUUCCAUUCAGUAUGUUGUGUAUUGACAUUGUUGUCUUGUCCUUUUAUUCAGUUUAUUUUUUUGCUUGUCAACUAUAUUUUGAUAACAAUGUCUAUCUUCUAACAUGGCACUGAGUGUCUUCUACCCCUCACUCAGCUAAUCGUAGACAAACGAGACUAAGUACUGAGGGGAGAGGGUGAUAAUUCAUGUGUAAAUGUUUACUCAAGGACUUAAUGGGGGAAAAAGUUUUUGUUUUAUCUGUAAAAUGUUUAUCUACCUUAUAGUGGCUUUUUAUUGUGGAAUAAUCCAAAACAAGGAUUAUCAUUGAGUAUUGCACCAUUUUGUUCUGAUUACAUACAAAUGUAAUGAAAAAAAGACUACAAAAAAUGAACAAUCUAAGAUUUGUGGCCAUAGAUGGUAGGACUAGAAAUCCCCAUGUUAACUUCAUGGAGAAAUGGAAAGGGAUUAUGUGGGGAUGUGAGUUUGUUACAGGACUCAUUUCAGAGGUGCCUAUUUUUAUUUUUUUUUGCAAAGCCAUCUGUCGUUUACAAACAUUUUCAUUUGUCUGAAGUUGAGGGAAAAUGAAUUUUAUAAUGUUGAAAAAGACAAAUUCCAUCUUCCAUCAAAUGAACAUUAAACCAACUUUGCAAAAUUAA